UUGCUUUUGUUUUGAAAUCUCUUGAAGUAAUAUGUCUUCGCCACCUGCUGCGAAUGGAGAUGAGCCAUCCACUCCUGGAAGAUCUCGUAGAAAUGUAGGAAGCGAAACUCCAAGAUCCGUUCAUGGAUCUGCAUCUACAAGAUCCCAAACACCCAGAGCUGGUCCUUCUCGUCCAGCUGGUUCUAGGACCCCCAGACACGGAUCUCAAACUCCAAGAAGGGGCUUACAAACACCUAGGCAUGGCUCACAAACUCCAGCCAGGGAAGAUAUUCCGGAUACUCCAAUGCGCGAUUUUGGCAAUCGUACACCAAGACGCACUCCAGCUCAUAAUAGCGAAGUUGAUGAAACUCCCUUGAAAUGGGGGUCUAGUCAAGAUGGGGCACAAGGAGAAGUCCCUCCUUCUCCUGCUCAUAGUUAUGCACCAACCAGUCCUGGUAUGGGAUUAAUGAGUGAAAUUGAUUUGAGUUCACCUUUGAACUAUGGUACACCUAGUUCUUUAGGAUCAGUUAGAACUCCUAGGUCUGGAAUAAGAGGAACACCUGUUAGGAUGAGACCUGAUGUUAGGUCAGAUAAAAGGAUUCGUCAAGUCAAUGUAGGUGAUCUGGAGACCAUUCCUGAAUCUAAUCAGGAGGCCUCUACCCCUAACUUGGUGAUUUGGGGUACCAAUGUAUCUGUGUCAGAGUGUAAAGAAAAAUUCAAACAAUUUAUUAUGAGAUUCAUCGAUCCAAAUGCAGAAGAAGAUGAAAGAACUGGUGAUAUGAACAUCAAUGAACCUUUAUAUAUGCAGAAACUUGAUGAAAUUCACACAUUAGAGGAGCCUUUCCUUAAUGUUAACUGUAUGCAUAUUGAAACUUUUGAUGCUAAUUUAUAUAAACAGCUCAUAUGUUAUCCCCAAGAAGUAAUUCCUACAUUUGAUAUGACAGUAAAUGAAAUGUUUUAUGAUAGAUAUCCUGCUGCUGUGUUAGAACAUCAGAUUCAGGUGCGACCAUACAAUGCUGAAAAAACUAAGAAUAUGCGUUCUUUGAAUCCUGAAGAUAUAGAUCAAUUGAUCACGAUUAGUGGAAUGGUAAUAAGAUGCUCCAAUAUUAUGCCAGAAAUGCGUGAAGCCUUCUUCAAAUGCAUUGUUUGUUCCUUCACGACAACUGUAGAAAUAGAUAGAGGUCGUAUAACUGAACCAACCCUUUGUUCAAGUUGUAAUACAAAUCAUUGCUUCACAUUAGUUCAUAAUAGAUCCCAAUUCACUGAUAAGCAAAUGAUCAAGCUCCAAGAAUCUCCAGAUGACAUGCCUGCUGGACAGACACCUCAUACUGUGGUGUUAUUCACUCAUAACGAUCUUGUAGAUGCAGUGCAACCUGGAGAUCGUGUUACAGUGACUGGAAUUUACAGAGCACAAGCAUUGCAAGUUAACCCUAGAAUGCAAAAUAUCAAAUCAGUGUAUAAGACGCACAUUGAUGUAGUACAUUUCAGAAAAAUCGAUAAUAAAAGGUUAUAUGAGGAGGAAAGUGGAAAAGAUCAUAGGUUUCCCCCAGAAAGAGUUGAAUUAUUGCAUCUGUUAUCUGAGAAAGCUGAUAUUUAUGAUCGUUUAGCCCGAGCUAUAGCCCCCUCAAUUUAUGAAAAUUUGGAUGUGAAAAAAGGAAUAUUACUUCAACUGUUUGGUGGUACUAAAAAGACUUUUGUGUCUUCUGGACGUGAUCAUUUCAGAGCCGAAAUAAAUAUUCUUCUGUGUGGUGAUCCUGGUACUUCAAAAUCCCAACUACUCCAGUAUGUUUUCAAUUUGGUCCCUCGAAGUCAAUACACUUCUGGUAAAGGCUCUUCAGCUGUGGGUUUAACAGCUUAUGUCACCAAAGAUACUGAAACUAGACAGCUGGUUCUUCAAACAGGUGCACUUGUACUUGCUGAUAACGGUAUCUGCUGUAUAGACGAGUUCGAUAAGAUGGACGAUUCAACUAGAAGUGUACUUCAUGAAGUGAUGGAGCAACAAACAUUGAGUAUUGCCAAAGCUGGAAUCAUUUGUCAACUGAAUGCUAGAACUUCCAUUCUAGCCGCAGCUAACCCAUCAGAGUCGCAGUGGAAUAAAAAUAAAACCAUAAUUGAAAACGUUCAGCUACCACACACUCUAUUAUCUAGAUUUGAUCUUAUAUUUCUGAUACUCGAUCCCCAAAGUGAGCUUUUCGAUAAACGGCUGGCACGUCAUUUGAUUUCUCUGUAUUAUAAAAGACCUGAAGAGGAUUUGGAUGAAGUAUUAGACAUGUCUGUGAUGAGAGAUUACAUUGCAUAUGCCAAAGAAAAUAUUCAUCCUAAAUUGAGCGAGGAGGCUUCACAAAAACUUAUCCAAGCUUACGUUGACAUGCGUAAGAUUGGUGGAGGCAGAGGACAAAUAUCUGCUUAUCCACGACAACUGGAAUCAUUGAUAAGACUUGCAGAAGCUCAUGCUAAAAUGAGAUUCUCACAAGAGGUUCGAGAGGAAGAUGUUGAUGAAGCAUGGAGACUUCAUCGUGAGGCAUUGAAGCAAAGUGCGACAGAUCCCCUCUCUGGUAAAAUAGACGUUAGUAUUCUAACUACUGGUAUAAGUAGCUCAGCAAGAAAAAAGCGAUUAGAAUUAAGCCAAUUUGUGAAGAAAACUAUAAUGAGUAAAAAAGACACUCCUAAUAUAGAUUAUGCUAAACUGUUUACAGAAUUGAAGGAAAAUUCAGAUAUUCAAAUUACAAGAGAACAGUUCGAAGAUGCCCUUCAUGACUUAGAGGAUGAAGGUUUGAUCACUGUUCUCGGUAAAACUUCUAUUAGAAUUAAGAAGGGAAUACGUUUAGAUUGAAUAUAAAUUACUUCCUAGUUCUUAUGAUACUUAUUUAUCAUACUCUUGUAUUUUUGAUUCAAAUAUAUUUUUUGUAAAUGUA